AUGAAUUUUACUGGGGUUAAUGAAACUGAUGAGUGUCCCCCUUAUACCUGUCCAGAGAGAUCUGUUUCUACUGCAGUGUAUGUGUUUCUGUAUGUGUGUGCAGCUGCUGCUGUUCUGCUAACAGUGUGUGGAAAUCUGCUGAUCAUCAUCUCUGUUUGUCACUUCAAGCAGCUCCACACACCAACUAACAUGCUCAUCCUCUCUCUGGCUGUGUCAGACUUUCUGGUCGGAGCUCUUGUGAUGCCAGCAGCAUUAAUAUGGAUGAUCGAAUCAUGUUGGAUUUUCAGUAUAGUUUACUGCUUAUGCUACAUAUCGAUCUCCUUGUUUCUCACAACCACAUCAAUAUACAAUGUGGCUCUAAUCGCAGUCGAUCGGUAUUUUGCUCUCUCUAAUCCGUUCCUCUACACUGAAACAGUCUCUGUGAAAAUAAUGUGCAUUGUAGUUUUAUCAAACUGGUUUGUGUUGCUGUUUUACAAUACAGCACUUCAGUACUUCAAUGGAUUUUACGCAGGUCAGGUAAUGUGCCUUGGCCAGAGCUUUCUGGUCUUGGAUGAGGUCUGGUCUCUGGUUGAUCUUUUGUUGACAUUUGUUUUCCCAUGUUCUAUUAUAAUCAUACUGUAUACUCUAGUUUUUGUUAUUGCAAGGAAACAUGCCACUGCAAUCAGAAACCUUAACAUUCAUACUCAAACAAAGAACACAACAGACUCAAUGAAAUCAGAGAGAAAAGCAGCUAAAGUACUUGGCAUUCUGGUUUCAGUGUUUUUAGCUUGUUUAUUUCCAUAUUUUGUUUGUAGCAUAUUAGUUAAUGUAAUAGAACUUGAAGUGGGAUCAUUUCAAAAAGCCUUAAUGCUGGUUUAUCUGAAUUCCACCAUUAAUCCAGUUAUUUAUGCUUUGUUUUAUCCGUGGUUUAGGAAGUGUGUUAAACUCACUUUGACUUUUCAAAUAUUUGACACUGAUUCUGCACUGAUGAAUGUUCUUUAA